CACCGAACGAGAUUUUUGUAUUUCAAAAAUUGUUUUGAAAGUUCGUUGAUCCGAUCAUUAUAAACUGAAAUGGAUUUUUCAAAAGAUAGUGAAUUAAAACCGGUAUUGGUUUACAAAGAUCCCAAAGAAAUCAUUCCGUUUAGUAAUAUCGUCGUGCCUUCGUCGAUGCGAUCACCUCUUUGGAAACAUUUUGGAUUUCCUGCCGACAGAGACAAAACAAUUAUAACAAAAAAUCGUAUCAUAUGCGGCAUUUGUCGAAUAAUGCUCGCGUAUAACAAGAAUACCACAAAUCUUAGCACACACCUUAGAAACAAACAUCCACACAUAUUGGAUGAAAUUCAAACAAAUUCAAACAAACAUAAAAUCAACAAAUACGAAGAUUUUAAAAUGCCAGUUCGAUUGAAUUCAGAAAGUGAAUCCCCAUCUCUUCCGAAACGAUCCAAAACCGAAGAGUAUGAAAACAAUUGGUAUUCCGAUAAUGGUGUUGAUGAAAGUCCACAAAAGGAAGAGAUUCAUCCAACAGGCAUAAUUAAGAAGACAUUUGUCAAGGCGAGAAAAUUGAUAAUGGAGUCAUCUGAUAUGAUUGAAAAUUUGGUGAUUGAAUCACAAGAUAAUGAUGAUAUUGAAAAUCAGUACAUAGAAACAAUUGAUUACAAUCAUAUCAAUGACGAAGAAAAUGAAACUAUUACCGAAACACUUGAAACCGAUUGCACGGAUUCGACUUUGAAUACGGAUCAAUCCAAAGAUGAUUAUCUCACCGAAGAGUUUUUAACAAUAAAAGAAUCUCAUGAAGUUAUUUAUGAAAGUCCAACCGAGGGAAUAGAGAUUCCUUCAAAAUCUCCACCGAAGAUAAUAGCAAACAAAAUAAGCGACUCACGGAACGAAGAAAUUACAGAACAAAUUAAAAAAUUCCUUAUCAAAGAUCUCAUUCAUCCAAGCAUUGUUGAUGGAUCUGGAUUCAAAGAUUUGAUGGGAUUCUUUGAUACUGAUAUUCCAAAUUCAUUACAGUUCACAGAGUACAUAGAAAAGGACUAUGGUUUACAACAUUCAUGCAUAUUAAGUGGAAUUGAAUCGAUACUCAAAAAUCAAAAUUACUCGCUUUCAUUUUGCAAACUGAGCUCCAGUUUCACAGAAAUUUCGAUAAAUUACUUGUCAGAUAUUGAAACCAAAAAUAGUCUUGAAAAUCAAAUUUUCUGCAUUUCCAAAAAUUGCACGCAGUUUUUUGAAACAUUUGUAGAUGACCAAGAAAAAUGUAGUGCAUUUGUUGUCGAUUUUGAUUUACAAAGUAUUUGCGAGAAAGUUCACACCAUGAAAAUUCCAAUCAUUCCAACUUUUUCGUAUGUUACGAAUAUGGUUUUUGAAGCGAUUUAUGGGCAGUUUUCAGCGGUUCGAAAUGCCGUUGAUGAACUAUUGUUGGGAAAUGUGAAAAAGUUCCACAAUUGGAUGCAAAAAUUCGAAUAUUUAUCACAAUUUUUGAUAAAUUCGUCAAACAACGAUUCGGAAAACAAGCAAAUUAUUCAAGCUUUUAUUGAAUGUAUACGACCAUUGAAGAAUUACAUGGAUGUGCUGACAUUUGAAAGAACAAUUCAUCAUGCAUCAGUGAUGAAACCAGUUGCACAACAACUGAUUGUACAGUACUACACAGAAGUCGAAAUGGAAUCCGAGUCUCUAGAUACUGAAAUUACCAUAUUGGAGAAAGAUAUGAAGCGAAUAAUUCAUCAAAUCUUUGAAGAUCACAUAAUUAAAAAUCCGUUUUUGACAAUGGCUUCAUUCCUUGACCCACGUUUUCAAGGACUUACCUCAACCGAUGACUUAAAUCAAAUACGUGAUGAACUCAAAAAGACUUUACAAACAAACGAUUCACAGUCAUCGGAGACAGAAAGACUCUCGAAGCUAAAAAGUGAGAAAAAUGUCGGUCUUUCCUCCUUAUUUUCAAACAUUCCAAAAAUCACAAAAUCCAAAGUGCCAAAGAAUCGGUUUGAUAUCGAAUUUCGCAGCUACACAGAAGAUGCCAGUUUGGAGAUGCAGUUUUGUCCAAUGGAAUGGUGGUUUGAAACAGAAUCAUUAUAUCCAACCAUAAGUCAAUAUGUGAAAAAAUAUUUUUGUGUACCAGCUUUCACAAAUAAUUUCCACCGAUUUCCACCUAAAUAUGAUCACAUUGCAUGCGAUACUAACGAACAACUACUUUGGCUCCAUUUAAACGAAUUACGACAUAGAUCACCAGAGUCCUAAAAAAAUGUCUCAUCAAAUCUUCAUUGAAGCAAAUCAUAUUAAAAAAAAACAUUUGUAUUAAAA